UGUCGCUAAUAUAGAUGAGUGGGAAAUCAAGCUCUUCUGUUUCGUAAAAGGACUGAAUGACAUAUAAAAUUUCAGCUGGCCAGUAGGUUUAAAAACAUAAAGCAGGACCUUCACUUCUAAACUGACAUUGUAUUUAUGCGUAUCGCCUGGAAAAUCAAUUUGGAACAGCAGCUAAGCUGAGGUAAGAUCCGUACAGUCGUGCCUCUUUCUGAAGUGUUGACAUCCAGGCGUAUCACAUUGAACGUUCGGUUUUCGAACUCAAUCGAACAAGAUGGAACUCCGGCCGCUUUGGAACGAAAGAGUUUGAUGCAGUUCGGCCAUCUAAUUAUCCUUCUAGCAGAGUCGCUUCGAUCUUUCCUAGAUGUGUCAAGAAAACUGUUGAGAUCCAGAAAUUUUGCUUCCUUGAUAACGUGACAUCACACUUCUUCUCCCUAUUCGACGAAACUGAGAACUUAAACCCAAUAGACGAAUUCAAAACUAGUAAGGAAUAAAUUGAAGGAAGCGGUCCACCCCGACGGUUACCUUUAAAUAAACUAUAUUUUUUAAAAAAGAGACUUUUUAUUGGAGCUUAAAUUACAGUGAAGUAAAUUCUCUUGGCAUGGACACAGUUCAUUAAAUCAGCAUAAAAUCUUUUGCUUCAUUAACAUUACGUCAUUAUUGGAACUCAGUAUUUUCAAUAGUUUAGUAGAUAAAUUGGAGAAAAAAUUUCCAUCAGUCGAGCGCUACUAAGCAAGCACGUCGUUUCUCUAAAAAAAACUUGUGUCUCCGUUCAGUCAUAGACUCACAAAAGGAGUCAAAAUGCGAUAACGACUUUCGUGAAACACUCGCCUCAUUUUUUUGUUCUUACCAUAUUUUUGACGUCAUCUGUGAUCUGCAAAUGAGCGGAGAGACGGAAAAAUGAAAGUUAUUAUUUGAAUAUUUGCAGAAAAGUAGAUAAAAGUAGAUAAAAGAAGGUUUCGCUGUUUGGUUGGCCUGCUAUCAACUAAGAUUGUGCAGCACAAGCCAGUGCUAAAAUUACCCAAAAUUAAGUGGAGACACUGUUAUACCAGUAUUUGGCUCUGAUAAAUACGUAGAUAAAAAGAAUCGUGUAAAUAUUUUUCAUAAAAAAAUGUUUACGCAAUCCUCCAUUUCUCUUUUUAGGUCCCAGUGAUGGCUCUUUGAAAAGAGGAACCAAUCUUACAUCAAUGUUAAACGCAUUCAUGGAGAGACAGAGUUUAGAGGCAGGUGACGUCACACCAGCCGCUGAUGCGGAAAGACUUCAGUUUGAUGCUGAAACUUUACGAGGUGAAUAGAAAAUUCCAUUUUUUUUUACAUGAUAUAAUUCCAACAAUAGAAAAGUUGCAUUUGGUUAGAUUGAAGACCUUACCCAUUCGCAGAUGCAUUUUGUCAUGUGUGGGGUCUGAUAUAAUUAUACUAUGGGAAACCCUGGUUGGGAGUCGAGAGAAUAAGAGUAAAUGAUGAUCACGUCGGGUUUUUCAAGCACUUUUAAAAAUCACCAUAGUAAUUACAAUUUACUGCCGUAGCAAUUGCAGAGGUGAACAAGAAUGAGGGUAACGAUGAGUACAGCAAGAAAAAUUUCAACGGUGCUAUUAGCUACUACACAGAGGGAAUUAAAGUGAACUGCAAGGAUAAAGAACUGAAUGCCAAACUGUACAGCAACAGGGCAGCAGCGCACUUUAAUUUGGGUAAGAAGUUGCCUUUAAAGUUAGUCAUGGUGAUGUUAUCAGUAGCUCUUUAAAGACUUUUUAAAUUAGUGGCUCUGCAACUGGAAACGGUUUUGUAAAGUGAUCACUGGACGUGUAAGCCGUUACUACUUACGCUUUGUAGAAUGCUCUGCUUUAUAAAAGUUGUCAGACCACAAAAAACUGAUGCUUCUAAUAUGUAAUUGUAGUAGCUGUUCAUCAGUAGAAUCCCAGGCGAGAGUUUGUGCAAUUCCACAACUGGUUUGAGCUCCCGGGGGGUACUCGCAGAAAUAUUGGGUAGGGGUGUGCGGCCCGCUUCCCAAAACCCUUACCCUAUUUAUGACCAAAAUCUGCGAUUUUCCCUACCCUAUUUAUGACCUAACCAAAAAUUUGAUACCCUAUUUUGUGAAGGGCUUUUGUUGCUUGUAUUUUCUAGCCUACAAAGCAGCCGGUGAAGAGGAAGGCAAAGCGCGGAUGGAAGGAGGGGGACAUGAUAAGGAAGUGGCUUCUUCUAAAAAAGUGCAUUCAAGACUACAGUGUAAAAAUCGUUACCCUAUUUAUGACCAAAAUGGCGGCAAAAUAGCCAAAAUCGAUACCUAUUUAUGACCAAAACGGCUGAAAAACCCUACCCUUUGGGGCCGCACAUACCUAUAUAGCCCAUAUUAGGGAGUACCCCCCCGGGUUUGAGCUUUAUGAAAUGUUUUAAAAUUUUUGGAGCAACCAGACACAACUCGAGAACAGAUACUAACAGGCCACUUUGUAAGACAUAUAGUUAAAACGUUACAGGUCAAAGUAAGUUAGCGAGUCAACUAAACCGUGGCAGUUUGACAGUGUAAAUCAUUUUUUCUCAGGGAAUUACACCGAAGCACUGAAUGAUGCAAAAACGGCCACCGAAGUGCAACCAUCCUUUGUAAAAGCUUUUGUGCGAGGUAUGUCGAUUACAUAAUGGGCCUAUCACCAAUAUUUGUUUUCUAACCGGCAUUACUGAUUUGGUUUUCCCAAAUAUCGUUGCGAAAAUGAACGUUGUACUUCAACGCAAGACAGGGUAUGUUAAAACUCGUCUACUAAAACUGCUCUCAUCAGCUUAAGGGCUUGUUAAUGAUAUCCUUAUUCAUACCUUGAUCAGAAUGUGAUCAAGUACGUUGAAUCGCUCGGUUUUAUUUACGACACUGUGCGUAAAGAGACUCUCUGAUCCUUUUGCCCCAAGAGUGAGUUACGUUAAUGAGGCCAUUGUUGUUGUUGUUGUUUUUUUGUUCAGCGCACCACUCCUUAUCUCCCGAAAUUUUCUUAUGGUGAGGUUUAUUCCUUCCUCAUUAGGAAAAAAAACCAAUCAACAUAUUUAGAGUAGCAUGUACAGGCCAAAUGUGUUGAGUUUGAGUCGUAUGUUUGUUUUUUUCUGUGCAGGAGCAAGUGCCUGUGUUCGGUUGAAGAUGUUCGGUGAAGCCAUCACAUGGUGUGAUAAAGGAUUAGCAGUAUCUUUUAAUAAUUUAGAUAUUAUUUCUUCACAAACCUUCUUUAUUCUUCUGCUAAAUGUUGAAAUAUAUCUAGUGUAGAUCCACAUGCACGUCUAAAUACAUCAAUAGGAUGUUUGUAUGCAAACUCGUGACAAUGAAACAAACACACUUAUGGCUCCGUCAACUUCCAAGCCCAGUCAACCCCCUCCGGUAGAUCUGUUCGUUUCCUAGAAAUAUGAAGGAAACCGUUUUAAGUCCCGCCGUCGAUUUCGCGAGUCAAAAACACGGUUGAAAUUCAAUAUGUUUCGAUCGACUCGCGUUUCAAAACAACCGGGCUAGAAAAAAAGCCGAUUGCCAAAAUUUUAAGUAUAAUUCGUCGUUGACUGAAACAUGUCAUUCUUUAGCAUUACAGUCUGCUUAUUUGUAAAAAAGCCGAGGUAAAAAUAUGCCCCUUGCUUACCCUUGAGAGGUAGUUGAAUGAAGGCAACGAUUUUCAUUGUUUAUUGCUUGACUUGCCUUUUUUACAUAUAAAUUAAGGGAAAAAUAUAUAAAUUACAAGUGAAUAAUACUUUUUUAAAAAAUUCCCCUUCCCUAGGGGUGUAUGUAUGGUCUUUUAAUGUUCAAUACCCCUUAAAUUAUUUUCAAUGCAUACAUCUUUGCCAUGCUAAACACGAUAUAUAAAUUUAAUAAAUCCGUUUAGUGUGUUAACUUUGUGUUAAUCAGCUUAUCAACGACCGUCCCGCCUUUUCUAAUGCAAAUUCUUCUAAGCUACUAGCAUCCACAGACUUUCUUUUAAACGUUUUCACGUUCCACACUUUGUACAACGGAAUUUCCCAUAAACUUAACGUUAAGACCCAAGAUGAUUUAUCUUAAGUUCGCAUUUUUUUAGUUCAGAAACUUGACAAGUUGUUAAAAUUUUUAACAAGUUAACUUAUUUAUACAAGAUCGACCAGAACAACCAGAAGUUGUUGGAAUUACGGGGCAACUCUGUAACAGAACAGAAAAAACUGGAAGAAAAUCACGGAGAAGAGGUAAGUAUGAUAAAAAAGGACUUAAAGGGAAGGUUUCACCGUUCAGCGCACGCUGCUGGGAGAUACUGUAUCGUCUAUGCAAGCAAUAUGAUCAUGUCAUAAUGUUGUCAAAGAACGAAUUUGCACACUCCCUCGGCGGUCACUUGAUCGACUUGUGUGCAAAUAGCUGUAAAUUCAUCAACCAUGGAAUACCACCCUUGGGUCAACGAUAAAUUCAACGUUGAUAGUGUUGGCAUAUUUUAAAGAUCCACUUAUUUUUUCUGCGAUUUUAGUAUUCCUCCAUCCUACUUCAGGUUACUCUGAAAUACAAGUCUACUUUGAAAUACACUCUGAGAUAGCCGAGAUACAUGUGUGGGAUUAUUAGGGAUCGACUAUUUACCAAGUUAAGAGUUGAGUUGAGUUUGAGUUGAGUUUGAGUUAAGUUUGAGUUAAGUUUGAGUUAAGUUGUAGUUACCGUUUUUACUUAAAAUGUCGUUAAUACUAUCCACACGACAUAAAAUGUGCGGAUUAUUUAUAUAUAAAAAUUAUUAUUUUUGAGGUGGUAUUUUAGUUUUUAAUACCCGAUCGAGUUGGGUCAACCAAAUCUGCGAGCCACGCGAGCCACGGUGCGAGUCAUGCGAGCCAUGCCUGUGAGCCAUUUUUGAGUAAUUCCGUUUUUCUUAAAUUGGUCGGGGAGGUCGUCGAUUAUUCCACCAGCAAACAUCCCUGGAGUUUUACCUGCGACUUGCCUAGCCGCCAUCUUGUAAACGGAGUUACCUCGCUCCCAGGUUCCUCUCUCUCUGGCGCGACGCGAAGCAGUGUUCCUCGUGAUGGCUCAAUUUCGGCUCAAUACGGAGAUCCAACUAGCCGUCAAUAUAGUGCAGUAUUGCCGUCUCAAAACAAAAAUUCUUGCUAUACGCGUUAUCAGGUUUUUGUUUUGCAAAAAAGUUUCGAAAAACCCGACUUUUCACGCCAUAAAUUACUCAUUGAAACAUAAAAAAUUCGAAAGAACAUCUUUCUGAAGUUUUUCAAAGAAACAUGCGUCGAACAAAAUGAGUAAAUAACGCAAGUUUGCCAAGUUUUUAGCGAAAACUUUUUUUCAAAAUUAUGAUGGCGUGAUUAGCCCGCGCAUAGCUCAGCUCGAUGUAAACAAACCGUUCAAACCAACAAAAAGAGAUUUAGAACUUAUCGUAUCGUUCACUUUUGAUAGAAAGGAUCGCUUCAUUGAAUACAGUGUUGCUUUGUAUUGCUCAGUAUUGACGAGGAGAUAAUGUAAAGAAAUGUAAGGACCUAAGAGCGACAGGACAUAGAAAUCCCGUUUGGUGUUGUUGUUUUCAUUUGAGUUUCCUUUGUUGUUGGAAUAUACUCUCUUUAGUUCGAAUGAUAUUUCAAAACAUUAACUUAAAGGAAAAAAUUAAAAAUAAACGUUCGUUUUUCGCCCAUCACGCCGUCGGAAAAGGAGUGCGUGACAAGCCCAAAAAACAUUUGAAGGCAGGCGCCUGUCUCUUUCAGGUCGUGGGGAAAGGUUCCGCUCUUCAGUAUGCAUUUAUGAAAAGAGUAUGCACGAAGUGCGACGGCUGAUACCGAAAAUGCGCGAAAUACUCACGAAGAGGCCCCGAAUGUUUCUGCAUCAAUAAUGGCAUGUGCAAAACGCUGUCUGGUAAAAUACACUGUUUUGCAACGCAUUGUUGUUUUUGCAUGAAGUGUUGACAAAAGUCCGUGGAUUAAAAUUAGCAAAAUUACCAUAUACUUUUGCAUUCGUGUUUCCUCGGAAAGCCUUCGGAGCGUAAAAACAAGCACUUUGUGUGUUCAAGAAUUCAGACUGAACAUUAUGAAAGUGAUCUACCGUAUUUUGAUUUUUCUGUAAAUAAUUUUAAAAAACUGUUGACCAUGUCAUUGUGAAAACAUAAGCUUACCGCAAUAUUGCGUACGUUAGCAUUUCUUAUUCACGGGCUGGCUCUUAUGCCAGUAUUUAUUUACAAGAAUUUAACCGAGAUAUCGCAAGUUUUUUUUGUCUCCAGUGAGUUCAGGUUAAUUUACAUACGCAGCGACUAAAGCGAUACUUUAACCUUUGAUUCGAAACGUACGUUGUUACGCAUAUAUAUCUGCCUCUCAAACGGGGAGGUUGAAUGGAAUUGUCAUUAAUUCUAUUAUUCUUUAAGUUAAUGACAGAAAAGAAAUACGAAGAGAAAAAAACACAGCGUGCAUAGCCUGUGUACAGACGCCCCUCCCUCCCCCCCUCAGAUUUUUUCUGAGGGGGGAGGGGCGUCUGUACACAGGCUACAGCGUGCAUGGAUUGCUUUAGUUUUGUCGGACCGUAAUAACUUUGCAUACCGACAAAAACAAUAUCAAGCGACACCUUUAAUACAAAUGCAGUCACUUCAUUCGCAAUGCUAUAAAUAACUAAAAGACCCUAAAAUGUCUCGCUACACAGGCUUAAAAAUUCAUCCUUUAUCUGCUGGAAAGAAAUACAUAAAUUCAGGACUUACGGGUUUUGUUAAAUUUGAGACCGGAAGUUCGCGAACCCCGCGCCGAUUUCUGUUUCAAUUCGUGAAUUGUAAGUAAACAACAGUUUAAUUCAGUUCACUUCUACUUCAUUUUUUUAGAUCAAAGUUCCCAAUAUAGCCAGGUGUAUACUGGUAGUAAACAACAGCAUAGAAAACUUUAGUUCAUUUCAAUAUCAUCGAAUGUGACCGGUCAUCUUGACCGUCAAGGCCAACAAAAUGAGGACAAUUCAACGCUUCACGUUUGGGAAUGUAAAAUUAUUAAACACUUUUUCAUUCGUGAAAAAACGAACAGUCGGUCAAUUUUGUGUAAAAACGAUCUGGAUCUUCCAUUAACCACUUUUAAGUUAACAAAAAUGAAAGCAACGGUAACUCAAACUUAACUCAGACUUAACUCAAACUCAACUCAAACUCAACUCAAACUCAACUCAAACUCAACUCAACUCGUAACUCGGUCAUUAGUAUCUCUCGGAUUAUUAACCGAUAGAAUAAAUAAUAGAUAGGAAAAAAGUAAUUUAAUUAAUGAGAAGGCGCUGAACCGUGAACCUGUCCCUUUAAAUUACGUUGUUUCAGUGCGCUUAUUAUUGAACAUGCUUUGUCGGAUGUCUUAACUUGGAGAGCUCAUCUCACUCUAUAGUAUCGAUACAGUAGCUGGUUAGAGAAGCAGAUGUUUCUCUCGGCUAUUUAAACGUGGCUGUUCUGUUUUAAAACAAUACUUAAGGCUUUUUGAGCUCAGUUAUCCCAUCUACUCCAUACGCAACUAUUUAGUAACACUUUUCUAGUAAAUACAUCUGGGUUAUCAUCCAAGUACCUUCCCUGAUGCUCGUAAUGUAGAGUAAAAUACACAAAC